AUGGGCUCCAUUGCCGACCUUCCCAGGGGAGAUUCUCCUACGCUUCGACUGGUGCAUCCCACCGACGAAGAGAAGCUUAUGCAAUUCAACUUGAAUGGUGCAGAGUGGCGAGGCGCCCUUUCAUUGCCCGCGUACCUUCGCCGCGAAGAGACACUGUCGCAGCAGGCGCUCACUCGAGACGGCGGCAUCUCGUACUGGAUCUUGAUCGACACAGCCCUUGAGGGCAAUCCUCUAGAUCCCUUAUCGGGAACCCGGUUGCCUUUGGCAAGCUGCGAAACGUACCGCAAGAAAACACUCAUCUGGCAGAAUGGCGAGCUACAUGAGAGUAUCUGCCACGGUAUUGGAAGUGUAUUCUGUGCGUCGCAUCUGAGGAAGAGAGGAUAUGCGCAGCGCAUGAUGACAGAGCUCAGCCAGGCCUUGAGGACGUACCAGAUGGAGGAAGGGAAGGAGUACAUUGGCAAGGUUAAUGGGCAGAAAUUUUACAACACUUUUGGGUGGGAGCCGUUCAAUUCAUCGCACAUUGCCAUCCCAGGACACAGAUCCGCGACUGGGGAUUCUCUUCCCACUGCUCGCCCACUGUACGCGGAGGAUCUGGAAGAGCUGUGUGACACUGAUGUGACAUCGAUCAAACAAAGCUUGAAGUCGCGGCCGCAAGGGAGUAAGCCAGCGAUCGCCUUACUGCCAGAUAUCGACACGAUCCGCUGGCACCAUGCUCGGGAAGAAUUCGUCGGAACAGAGUUGCAUCGUAAGGCGCCCAAAGUGAAAGGAGCGAUCGUCGGGACCGAGAAAGGAAAGCGCGUUUGGUGCUACUGGACACGCAUGUGGUACAACAACAAUCCCGCCGAGGCGAAAGGCAACACGCUCCACAUAUUGCGACUCGUAAUCGAAGACGGCAGUUGGGCUGACACGGCGGCGAGCCAUGGAAAUGGAGCCUCGAAAGAUCACAGCUACGAAGCUUCUAUUGCGGCGCUGAUGGCGUUGGCGCAGCAAGAGGCCGAGACGUGGAAGAUGGAACACGUUGAGAUAUGGAACCCAGCGGAAGAGACCGUCAAAGCAGCUCAACGACUGUACCCGAGCGCGGAGGUAGUGGAUAGGGACGAAGAGAGUAUUGCGAGCUUGCAGUGGUACCCAAAGCACGAUGGGCCAAUCGCGGAGAAGCUUGAUUGGAUUGCCAAUGAAAAGUACGGAUGGUGCUGA